GUGUUCGCCCUGGCAGGAAAGGUUGCUGCCUUGAGUUGAGCUUGAGCGAUUCAAUGCGUCUGAGUUGAACCAAAUCAGCGUAAGUGUCCAUGCAACUUGCAGACCUGCAUAAGACAUGAAGUGGGGUUGCACGGGCGGCGGCCUGCCGCUCUUUAAAAAACAGGCAGCCAACAGCGAACGGAAGAAGAAAAAUACCCCAGUCCCUGGUGGCGCAGGAACUACAAAGCUAGCAAUCUUGCGCGAUGAGAACUCAUCAAUUCCUUGGAAGAAUUAUUGGUUUGCGACACUAUUCGCGCUUCAUGGACGGGCCUUUCCUGUCGUUCCCAUGCUCAUCUACUCGGGCUAUGUCAUAUUGGCUGUCGCGCUCAUAAAGCUCCAUGUCGACGACUUCAACAACUACAAAGAACUUACGGCUCUGUCGUCACCGGUUGAUACUAUUGGACUUGCCCUCUUCCUCCUGCUGACCUUCCGGACGCAAACGGCAUACGAGAGAUGGUGGGAGGGGCGACGGGCCUGGGGAAACAUCAUGGCGACUUGCUGUGAUCUCUGCCGCAUAUCAGAAGCGUACAUCGACGACGGUAUACAGGCGUCGCAGCUCGUCACGUGGACAACUGUCUUUGCUGUGGCGGUCAAGCAGGAUCUGCACUACAGCCGUGACAUGUCAGAGGUGUCGGACAUGCUCUCAAUUGGUGAAAUGCGUAAGAUGCUCACAUGUGAUGACCUGCCGCUGUAUGCCAUCAGGCGCUGCACCCAUGUGCUCCGUGCAAACAUCGACAAGUAUGUUGGGUCGUUGGAGAUCAUGGUCGAGGCUGACAAUCGGUUGAGGACUCUCUUGGACGAGCUUGACAACUGCCUGCGAAUCCGUAACACACCCAUGCCCUGGGCCUACGUGGUGCACCUCAGGGCGUUCCUGAUCUUGUGGCUCUGCUUUCUACCCGUGGCCCAAGUGACCACACUGGGCUGGUACACGAUUCCAAUCAGUAUCGCUGUUGGAUACGAGCUGCUCGGCUAUGAGGAAAUUGGAGUGGAGAUUGAGAACCCCUUUGGCACAGACUUCAGCGAUCUGCCGCUGGAGGGCCUCACAGCCACAAUCGCCGCCAACGCACAGGAAUUUCUGCACUUCAUCCGGGAGCGAGGCAGCCCAGAUGACGGCAAGGGGGAGGCGCCACCCCCUGUCGACAUGGCAGCAGCCAAACACAUGGACCGCGCAAAGAGCGACAUGACUGGGGUGAAGCUGAAGGAGAGGUCUGCAAGCUUCCUGGGGAUAAAACUGAAGGAGAGGUCGAAGUCUCAGAGCGCAAUAGCGGCCGCGCAUGUUCUGCACAACAAGGCGGCGCUGAGCAAGAUGACUGAGCACCAUCAGGAGAGCUGCAGGCAGCCGUUGUAUGACAAGCUGGGAGGGCAACCCGCGGUGAUGGCUGCGGUGGAAAUCUUUUACAAGAAGCUCCUGGGGGAUGUGCGAGUGGCACGCUUCUUCAACAACAUUUCCAUUGAGCGCCUGAAGGUAAGGUUCCUGACAUAUGCGCUGGGGGGCGCGGACGAGUAUGUGGGCAAGGACCCCACGAUCAGUCACCGGCGGCUGCACAACGAGAAGGGCCUGGGAGUGCAGCACUUCUACGUGGUUGUGGGGCACCUGCAGGAUACCCUCCGCGAGCUGGGCGUGUCCGAGGAUUUGAUUGGCGAAACCACAGCAGUCCUGGCUCCCAUGGAGAAAACCUUUGGCUGUGAAUCCGAGCAGCCAUGCGCGCACAAAGUGGACAGGCAGGACUCUGCCAAGGUGGGAUCCCAGGCCUCGGGCGAUGACAAUGCGGGACAGGGCUCUGAUGGCGACAAGAGCGAAGACAAGGCUGAAGCAGAAAGAGACGUGUGCCCCUUCUGAGAGCGCGCCAGCCGGUAUACGCAUCUGCAUGCGCAUGCGCCGCAAAAGGAAGAGCCGAGCAAUAGUUUCUUACUUUGCCAUGCCUGCCCCGUCUUCCAACUCUGUGUUGCUGAGCAAUUUUCUGAUUCUGCAAUGCUUCAAAUCAUUCAUGGGGAGCCAUAAGCGCUUCCUAGUACAGACAAGCACUUCAGAUAUAUCUUAGCGCCGGUGCAACAGCAUGUGAUGAAAUCUUCAUUUGAUGUGAGGCGUGUAGUACGCAUAGCCGGCCGAUUUGUUGCCAAGAGAUUAUCCCCUUCAAGAGUGCUGCACUGCGCUGAAAUUGCUUUGGUCCAGUCCUUCUUAGCGCAGAGCGCACCACAAUUGCAGACCCAAAUAAAGCUGCAGAUCUCCAAUAUAAAUCAAGCACAGGAUUUCCCCUGACCAUUCUCCAGCCAAUGGUUGUGGAAACCAUUGGCUGACUGGGUGAGAUAGGAAUGAGAUGAGACAGCAUACCCAGAGUGUUUUGAGGCGUAUUGCGCUUUCCAUUUCUUGCCAGAACAAUGAGAUUUACUUAACAGAAUGGUUGGCGUAUGAGGG